CUGGUUUUAGUAAAUCAAACCCAAUGUGUUUUAUCCUAUAAACUCCAUUGACUUCUAUGGAAUUGUGUUUAACUCUCAUUACUGGUAAUUGCACAGCUUUAGAGAUGAAGUCCCAGCUGAUAAUAUGACGCACGGAAGGACCUUUGAUAGCAAUCCCAUCAGACUCAAUAAUUUAUUCCUUAACUAUAAAAAGAUCAAAGCAACGAACAUAAUUCAAGAUCGCAGAGUGUGCAUCUUCAUGCUUGAUCAUUUUUUUUAUUUCCAUUAAGCCAAGAAGGUAAGUAGCUCUUUACAGCUUUAUACCAACCAGGCAGAUAUAAAGGGAUUCCAGGCCGCCCAGAAAGGCACACAUUAAUGCAAGGCUGUAUUUAUUAAUUAAUUGUUAAAUGUAUUUUUUAACACAGGCAUUAAAAGCAGUACCUGCAUUUGAUCUGAGAUCAGUCUUUUACAGUCCAUGUACAGCAGAACUCAGAUAGGGAAGGAAGAAGCAGCACAAUGAGCCAAUAAAAUGUGCUGCCAUGCUUGCAAGGAGCAUACUGAUAGAAGGAGCAUGAGAGAGAGUUGAGCUAAGCAAUGUACUGCUUUACUGUUUACUGUCCAGCCAUUAGCUGGGGUGGUGGGCUGUUUGUUUGUGGCGAGGGAAACAAGACUUAAAUGUAUUACUUAACUGCAGCAGAGAAAAAUCUUGUCUUUGUCCCUAUCCCAUAGGGCUGCGCCAUGUUAUUUUCGGGACUCGACUGGAUGGACAGAAAUAUUAUUCCUAAGAAGUGAAUCUGAACAAGAGAAAAUGCAGAUCAGUUGUUUUAAAGAUCCAUGUGUCACCCUCUGAAGUCCAUUGAGAUCCAGGCUACACAGCACAGAAGGAACAGAGGACUCUCCAAGAAGAUAUGUUAGGGGUCUGGCUAAUUGAGCUACAAUGUAUGAUAUGUAAAACUUUGGCUUAUGGUUAAUUGAGUAAACUUCUUAAAAUAAACUUCUGAGGUAAACAUACUUGUAAUAUAAUAAGGGGAGAAUUCAGUGAUUGAUUUAGAACUUGUGUCUUAGACAUUAUCUUCUUAUAUUAUCCAUAUACUUAUUUUUGUUAUUAUUUUUCCUGAUGGGUCAAGCUCCUUAAAAUGUGUCAAGAUAAUCAAACACAAGUCUCAGAGAUCUAUCUUCUUGGAUUCCAAGGUCUCGAAAACUUCAAACCUCUAUUCUUUGCUCUUUUACUUCUAAUUUACAUUGCAAUAGCGACUGGAAACAUUCUAAUCAUCCUUCUAGUGUCCACCAAUAGUAAUCUCAAAAUUCCAAUGUUCGUCUUCCUUCAGCACUUAGCUCUCGCAGAUGUCCUCCUUGCCACGUGCGUCAUACCACUGAUGGCAGAGGUUAUAUUAAAGACAAAGAGAGAAAUGUCUGUUGACGGCUGUAUCCUGCAGCUGUACUCCUUUUUGAACUUUGGUUUUGUGCAAUGUUUCAUCCUUGCUAUAAUGUCUUACGAUCGAUAUGUCGCUAUUUCUAAUCCCUUAAAUUACAUUUUAAUUAUGGACCACAGAAUCUGCUUCCUGUUGGGUUUGGGUUCUUGGGCAAUAACGUGGACUCUAUCCACAAUUGAAAUUAUUUUAGUAGCACAGUUUGAAUUCUGUGGCCUCAGAGACAUUGAUUACUUCUUUUGUGAUGUAGGUCCAAUUGUGAAAUUGUCUACAUCGGACACAUCUGUGUUACAAUGGUUUGACCUUACAUGCUCUAUCCUUUUCUUUUUUGGUGCUCUUACAUUUAUCAUUGGGACAUACAUCUACAUUUUUAUUAUCAUUCUCAAAAUUUCAUCCUCCGCUGGCAGGAAAAAAGCUUUUUCUACAUGUAGUGCCCACCUGAUCUCUGUGGCUGCAUAUUAUGGGUCCAUAAUCACUAUUUACGUGACUCCAGACGAUGAGAAGUCACCUUCCGUAAACAAGUACAGUUCUUUGUUGUACACUGUAGUGAACCCGUUGGUGAAUCCCAUAAUAUAUAGCCUGAGAAACCAUGAGAUUAGACAAGCUCUUCAUAAAAUAGUUCAAGAACGUUUGAGAAGAAAGGUAAUAUAGAAGAAAUAUAGGAAGUGAUGACCAGGGGAGUUACUAGACCUUGACACCCAAGGCAUGUGUCCAGGUUUUUUUACUGUGUGCCCCAAGAUAUCAAUUAUUUUAUCUUUUUAUAAGCAAAUGUAUUCUUUCUUGGCAAUCAUAAUACAUUUAUUUUUUAUUUCAGUCAUGCUAUCACAUUUAUGAAAAUUACAGUUAUGGAUGUUUGAGACACUCUUUUUUUAAAGGAACAUUUCUUAGCUUUAUCUUAGAUCUGAUUAAAAAAUGUCAACACAAA